UGUUGGAAUAAGUGGAAGGAGGUAGUGUCUACAUCAGCUGUAGUAAAGUCUGGUUUGAAGGCGAGAACAACUCAGAUGAGGCACUAACAAUUAAAACAGAGGUUUUCACAUUUUGAUGAUAAAAGUGUGAACGAACAUUUCUGUUUUUGUUUUAAAAUUAUAGUCGGCAUAAUGACAAGCGGCAAAGAACGACUUGAUGUUGGGGACUAUGAACAAGAUUCGGAUUCAGAGAAGACUGUGAUGGAAAACGAAAGUGUAGAAGACCGAUUAUCACCAAGAAUUCUACCAGCGUCACCAGAGUCACCGGACUAUGAGGACAGACUGACUGUACCGAUGGAUUUAAAAACACGGUCAAAUGUUGACAGCACCUCCGUAUUAACUAAUAAAGCGAAAUCCUCAUUCCUCAUAACAGACAUUCUCUCUAGUAGAAGUGAACAGAAGUACUCGAAAGACUAUAACAAGUCACAUACUUGUCUAGAUGUCAUCGGACGGCAGUGCACGAGUUGUAAUAUAGAACCUCCAAGAAAACUUUCAAGAGACAGUUUUCGGGAUACGGACUCCCCAUCUCAGGAAGAUUCCACAGAUGAACAAGAUGAAGAUUCCUCCGAUAAGAGACAAUGCUCCGCAGACGGGUCAUCAGUAUGCUCAAAACACAAAAAACCACGAAAAGCUAGAACAGCAUUCACAGACCAUCAACUGAAUUGUCUAGAGAAAAGUUUCGAGAGACACAAAUAUCUUAGUGUACAGGACCGAAUGGAACUGGCAGCUAAACUCAACCUGACGGAUACCCAGGUCAAAACCUGGUACCAGAAUAGAAGAACCAAGUGGAAAAGACAGACGUCGGUUGGUUUGGAACUUCUAGCAGAAGCCGGAAAUUACAACGCUUUCCAAAGACUCAUGCAUUCUAGCAAUUACUGGUCCCCCUAUCACCAGCAGGCCGCACGAAUGAUAUCGACACUCGAUUCCUAUUACUACCGGUCAGGAAGUUCCGCAGCACUACCUUCCCAACGUCCGAUGAUGCCGCGGAUGUAUAUUCCUGGAAUGAGUUCUUUGCCGUCUUGACCUGAACGUGAUAUCCAUCAUUCGACAGACAGUAUUCGUGUAAUCUAAAUAAUAUCAACAGGUACAUUGUCAAGAAAUAAGAAAAAAACUCUAAUAACUUAUUUAUUAUCAUUAUAAUGUUCUCGCACAUAAAAAUGAAAAAUAAGAGGCAUGUGUCUGUGUGAUAUUAAUAUAAGCAAUUGACAUAUAUAAAAGGAUAAAUAAAUUAAGUCUCCUUUCAAAGUAGUGGUUUUGUGGAAAUGUGGUAUGAUUCUGAUACGGUACGAAUCAAUACUUCAGACGCACUAUAAGUGUAGGAGGAAAAGGAAUGGUUUCCUCGGUAAUCGUGUUCACUAUUUUAUCGGGUUUAAACAUUAAACUCCAGUGUUGCCAGUAGAGUCAGACCUACAGAAGCUACAGAGGCUUGGUGAUGGUUUACACCAGGUGAUUAGGAUGGUAAAUAUCGAUCAACACAAUACAUGCCCAAGAUAUGCUGACAGAACAUUUCGAGAUAUUUGAGUGUAUAAUAUGGAUAACAGCGAGGUUUAAAUGACGCCAAAUUACUGUUGGCGGCAUCAGUAUUGAAUAUCUAAUAUUUUGUGAAACGGAAUUCGUUCGUAGAUAAUAAGAUGUUUAAUUUUCUUUAAAGAUGUAUGCAAUAGAUUGAUAUAUAAUUCGUACCUUUCCCAGAUAACAAUAUCAAGACUAUCUAACUUACAAUUUUGUUUAAUUACUUUCACAACUAUACCUGUCUUAAAGAUCAGAGUUUUCCUGAUGGAAGCUUAAGAAAAGACAUAAUUAGUAUAUACGUUUCUUACACGAUAGGAAUAAUUCAUUCUGCAUAUAAAAUGUAUUUAGAUGUUCAGUUUCAUGUGUUUAACAUGUAUGCAAAAUAACACUGUAUCAGUGGUGUCAUAUGGUAUUAUUUAUUUGCUCAAACAAAUUGAAAGCAAUAGGAGUGGGUACUGGGUAAAUGCCUAGAAUCAUCAUCAUCUACAUCGUCUCCUUUCUAAUGACUGCGAACUUCAUAAAAUGUUGUUGUAAUACUUGUAAAUAAAAUUCUUAAUUUAUUCA